UCUUAGAGUAAUCUAAUUUUUUUUUAAAUAUCAUCUCAGCUUUGAGGUUAUGAAGUUGGCAACAGUGGUAAUUGACACGGAAAGCUGAAUGUUGAUUGGCUCAUACUGCAGGGGCCUGCCUGUCAAUCAAGUAAACUUGAUAGUGUGGAUGUUCACGUACAAGAAAUCGUUCAUUGUAUUUGUGAUUCUAAACAAAAAGGAUAAAAAGAGUAUCCAACUUUGCGCGUUUCACAUUCCAUUCACGACUAAAAUGACGAAUCUUGCAAGAUGAGGUUAGCUCUUGCGUUCACAAUUUGUGUUUAUUUCCUCUCGAAUUCCGCACAAUCCUCACACACCGCUGCAAAUAAAACUGCUGAGCCACAACCUGAAUACAGACCUGAAGGACCUUUAGUUUUGUGCAAUUUUUUGCCUAAGGAGUUUAUAGAAUGUGAUGAACCAUUUGAUCAUAAGGGAAAUAAAACUGCGAAAGAAGAAGCUGGUCAUGGAUGUGUAAAGUUUGGCGGUGUCCGCUAUGAAGACGUAGAAAAGGCAAAAGUGUCCUGUACGGUACUCCCAGAUAUAGAGUGUCAUGGGCCUAGAACAUUUAAUCGUGAGGGUGUGCCAUGUAUAAAAUACAGUGGACACUAUUUUACAACGACUUUACUCUACAGCAUACUCUUGGGAUUUCUCGGCAUGGACCGAUUUUGUCUCGGACAAACAGGCACCGCCGUAGGUAAAUUAUUAACAUUAGGUGGCAUCGGCAUCUGGUGGAUAGUCGACGUCAUUUUAUUAGUAACAAAUUCAUUGCAUCCGGAAGAUGGCAGCAACUGGAACCCAUACGUGUAGUCUCAAAUCAGAGGCUGCAGGUUCAUAUUGUAAAUAAAUAAUUAAGUACCAGAUACACUGUAUAGAAACCAAUGGAUCAAGUGAGUGCAUUUGUUGAUUUGACUGGAGAAUAAUAUUGCUAAGAGUUACAUGAAUUUUUUAACGUGCACGAUAAUCUUCUUACAAUUACAAUUGUGUGAUGUACAAUAAAAGACUGAUUAUAAACGCA